CGUUGUUUGACGGGAUAGGUCCAUACCCUCACGCGUUUGGACCUUGCCUUUCGUUCGUCCAUCUGCGCCCUCGCUGCAAUCUGCACUCGCUUGAAAUCUCGAAUAUUCAGAGGCUGCACGCCUGGGAAACCCGCAGCGCCGUAUCCACCAUAUUUAAAGCCGCAGUCGGCCCUGUCCUCAUUGAGGGUACGCUCUUUCUAUCCAGCAUCCAUCUCCACCUCGAGCAGGCCGCUUCGUGGCCCGCGACCUGAACUCGGCAACCACCUGAACUCGCCAAGGACGCAACCAGAGCAUCAUGUUCUACUCAGAUUCCAUUCUUUCCAAGCGCGGGCCACUGGCUCGCGUAUGGCUGGCAGCUCACUGGGAGCGAAAGAUCAGCAAGACGCAGUUCUUGCAGACCAACAUCGAAAAGAGUGUAGGCGCAAUUGUUGCCGAAAAGGGCAUGCCGAUGGCUCUUCGUCUUAGUGGGCAGCUCCUUCUUGGUGUCGUUCGCAUCUAUUCGCGCAAGGCACGAUAUCUACUGGAGGAUUGCAACGAGGCGAUUCUCAAGAUCAAGAUGGCUUUCCGCACCGGCACAACGAACGUCGAUUUGAACGCACAUCAGUUGACUGCGUCCAAAGCUGCUAUCACCAUGCCGGACAUGCGCACAGAGUUCGACCUCAUGCUUCCCGAUCCAUUCCUACAGAACUGGGACCUGGAACUUGAGCUCAAUGCACCGCAGGCGGCAGGUCAACAAUCGCGCAAAGACCGCGAUGGUACGCCGGUCAGCAGUGGACGUGGUGCCCAUACCGCCAAGGAGAGCGAUAUCACGCUCCCGCGUAACGACUUUGGCAUUUAUGACGACGACCUCGGUAUGGGCGCCGGCUACGGCUUUCUCGGCGACGGGAUUAACAGCCAGGACUUUGAUCCCGACGGUGGUGCGCUCGAUCUCGGGUUGGACCUGGAUGACGCCCAUCCAAGCCAGCUCAAAGACGCAGAGGGAAGGCUGGUCGAUGCGGACGGUGUCCCGGUGCGAGAAGACUCGGCUGGCUUUAUCGAUGAUUCGCUGAGCAUCGGCGUCGGCCGCGAUGCUGCGCCUAUGGCAAAGCGCAGUCUUGGCUCGUUGCUCGGGGUUGGUUCUGAGAAUGAUCGUGCAAGCAUCAUCAGCGAUGGUUGGCGCAACGAUGAGCUCCCGCCACUUGAAGACGGGCCGCCAUAUGAUUAUGACGAGUUGCCGCUGAUGGAGGACUUGCCUGAUUUCUACAUCGAGGAGUCUGGUGCGGGUGUAGAAAUGAGCAUGGGUCAAAGGCUUGCGCGUUCUGUCACACCUGCUACGCAAGUAGGGGACGACACAAUGGCUCUCCUGCAAAAUGUUACACCAAAUACACUCGGAAAGAUGAAGGAGGCUGCUUCAAAGCGCAUGUUUCUCGCUACGAAGACGCACGGUACGAAGGCGGGACAAAAAGGGCCGCUCAUCGAUUCGGUCAUCGAGAUGCAGACCGCAGCGGGCAAAAACAAGAGUCAAAGCUUGGUGCAGUCUGUUGCGCAAUUCAAAAGACCGGAUGGCAUUGUCAAGCCGGGAGAGUUCUUGCCUGCCGAUCCCGAGGCUCUCCAUUUCCAGAACAUCGAGCGCGAUCCUAUCGCCUAUUACCUCCCUGAACUCGUUCUUCCGAAAGACCAACGAACGGUGUAUGUCGGCCCGACGAACCUAGCACCGGAGCUGCAGUCGCUCUUCACGUUCGACCUCGACGCCAUUCGCCAACGAGAGGCAGAGCUUGAUGCAGAGGGCGCUCCGCCAGCGAAGCGGAGACGCACAGGAGGAGGAGAGGAAGACGAAGACCUGCUGAGCGAAGUGGGGCGGCGCGACGACAGUCGCACGGCGCGGCGCGACUCCCUCGGUCUCGGUGCUGGCUUCACGGGCGACGGCACAACUAUGUCGCGCGGCGGCGACGGAGGUUACGACUCGUACAGCGAGCUACCGCCGCUUGAAGAUACGCCGUAUGUGUACAACGACGAGUUGCCUCCGCUGGAAGACAUGCCGGACCACUUUAGGCGUGAGGGCGACGAUACAGCAGCGGCAGCGAGAGGAGCAGCUGAAGGAGGGGAGCAGACUGCAUUGAGACGCUCUGCUCGAGGCAAGACUGGUCCGACGGAUCUCAUGGCAGAAUUAGGCCAGCUCCCCGCUCUUAGCAGAUUGUCUACGCCGGAGCUUGAUCUGGACGGCUGGAGCGCAACAGCGUCCAACCCACUCGGCGGCUUCGAGGGAGCAGCAGCAGGAGCGCAUGACGCACAGUUCCGGUCUGCGGCCGCUGCUGCAGCGAGCACACAAGUAUCGCAGAAUUCGACAGCAGGAUGGAGCAGGAACACCGUACGUGCACUCAGUGUUGUACGGUCGCAGCUGAUGCCCAGCGCAGAGGAAGAAGCAGAGGCAGCCGCACAGGCAGCUGGGGGAGCUGAACCGAUAGCAGAGAAGAUGUUGAGCUUUGAGAAAGUCUCGGAGAACUCGUCGCGCAGGGCAGCAGCGGCUUUCUUCUUCGAGAUGCUCGCGCUGGGCACGAAGGACUGCAUCAAGCUCAAGCAAGAGGAGGCAUAUGGCGACAUUCACGUGACAGCCAAAGACAGGCUAUGGGAUAUCGAGGUGGUAGAGCCUGCUGUCAUUCCUCCACCUGCGCAGACGGGCGUGGCUGCGUCCAACUCGGAUGCAGCUGCAGCCGUCCGCCAAACGCAGAGCCCGAGCGUGCAGUCUACACCGCGCUCACAACAACAGAUCAAGCAGACGGCAGCAGCUCGAUCUACACCCGCACGCUCGGUCAGAUCAGCGACGCCGCGGGCGACACCGAGAGCAACUCCCGCGUUGGUCUGAGAUCACGAUGUGGCCAACAUUUGGAUGCUUGUACGUUAUGCAUAUUAUUCUAGUAUCAAAGCUUUUG